ACCCAAUCAGGGCCCUGGAGUGCUAAGGCAGAGAGAGGAGAGACAGAGGAUAUAAGAGCCUGGAGAGAAUUAAAAUCAGCGUCCAAGUUAGCUCCCAAGGCUUGGUGAAACUCCCAGAGAAAGACUUAAAUCAUGAAGUUAAUUGCCCUCCUUUUCCUUUGCUCCAGGCUGCUACCAACUUUACCCCAGAAGUACAACUCGCAAGAAAUUGACUGCAAUGAUGAAGACAUAUUUAAGGUUGUGGACACAGCUCUGAAGACGUAUAACGAGAGAAACCAAAGUGGCAACCAGUUUGUAUUGUACCGCGUAACAGAAGUCAUCAAGACGGAGAACCCUGACAUAUUUUAUGCUGUCAAGUACGAAAUCAAGGAGGGAGACUGUCCUGUAAAAAGUGGCAAAACCUGGCAGGAUUGUGACUACAAAGACGCGGAGGAAGCUGCCACAGGAGAAUGCACAGCAACCGUGAAGAAGAGCGAGAAGACAAAAUUCUCUGUGGCUACCCAGACCUGCCAGAUUACUCCAGCUGACGGCCCCGUGGUGACACCUGGGUAUGAAUGCCUUGGCUGCGAGCAACCCAUAUCAACUGCUAGCCCAAACGUGGAACGGGUUCUGAGAUAUGCCAUUGAACAUUUUAACAACAACACUGAUAGUUCCCACCUCUUUUCUCUUAAAGAAGUAAAAAGGGCCCAGAGUCAGGUGGUGUCUGGAUGGAAGUAUGAAGUUACUUACACAAUUGCGCAAACUAACUGUUCCAAGGAGAAAUUUCUGUUCUUAACUCCAGACUGCAUGUCUCUUCUCAAUGGUGAUACCGGUGAAUGUACAGAUAAUGCAUACAUAGAUCUUCAAGACAGAAUUGCUUCCUUCUCCCAGCAAUGUGACCUUUAUCCAGGGGACGAUUUUGUACUACCACCUCCCAUGGUUUGCAUUGGCUGCCCAAGAGAAAUACCUGUCGACAGCCCAGACCUGGAAGAGCCUUUGAAACAUUCUAUCACAAAGCUUAAUGCGGAGAAUAAUGGAAAUUUCUACUUCAAGAUUGACACUGUGCACAGAGCAACAUCACAGAUUGUGGCUGGAAGAAGAUUUUCUAUUGCGUUCACGGCCAAGGAAACCACAUGUUCCAAGGAAAGUAAUAAAGAGUUGACUGCAAGUUGCGAGACCAAUAAACUUGGGGAAGUUCUACAAUGCAUUGCUGACGUUGUUGUGGUACCUUGGAUGAACACGGUUGACACUACUGUCAACUGUGGAUCACGAGGAAAGAUAUUGCGGCUGGCAAGGCCUCCAGGUUUUUCACCUUUCCGAUUAGUAGCAAGGAAGACAACAAAAGAAGGAACAACUGUAAGUCCACCCCACAUUUCCAUGGCAUUUAUACAAGAUGAAGGGCCGGAUUCAGGACAAGAACUAGGACCCACUUGUGCACAUGGCUGGGGCCAUGGAAAGCAAAUAAAACAUGACCUUGGUCAUGGCCCUAACCAUGAGCAUGACCAAGGCCAUGGGCACCAAAGGGAACACGGCCUAGACCGUGGACAUAAACAUGAGCAUGGUCACGGCCAUGGAAAACAUAAAAAUAAAGGAAAAAACAAUGGAAAGCACAAUGGUUGGAGAACAGAGCAUUUGGCAAGUUCUUCUGAAGAUAGUACUACAUCUUCUGCACAGACACAAGAGAAGACAGAAGGGCCAGCAUCCCUCCCUUCCCUAGCCCAGCCAGGAGUAGCAGUUACCUUUCCUAACUUCCAAGACUCAGAUCUCAUUGCAGCUUUGAUGACUAAUGCACCACCAACUCCAACAGAGAAUGAUGAUGCUUGGAUCCCUGACAUCCAGAUAGAGCCAAGUAGCCUUUCAUUUAACCUGAUAUCUGAUUUUCCAGAAACCUCCCCCAAAUGUCCUUGACGCCCCUGGAAGCCAGUUAAUGGAAUGACUCCAACUGUGGAAAUGAAAGAAUUUCAUGAUUUUGAUCUUUCUGAUGCUUUUAAUUAAUUUACGCAGCCAAGGGUGUUUCUUUGACACUUCAUCAUCCCCUCUCCCCAUUGUCCAAAUAUCCUGACAUAAUGCACCCAAAGCCAUGAAGCUUCAAAACAGCCCAGAGAGAAGUGGUGAGACUUACAAUGGGGACACCGUCAAUUUCUGUGGACGACAUAAAAGUGUGUGCAUAAUUCUAAA